AAUAUUUUCCCUCCAAUUUAUGCUAAUAUACACAAUUAUAUUUUUUAACUAUACCCAUUAAUGUACCUAUAUUUAUUUGUUGUUUUUUGAUUUUUUUGAGCCAUCUGCUUGUACGUGUUACACCGGCGUUUUGUAUUGGUCAUCUGUGUGUCAGUUAAGUGUCACUGGUUACCUAUCUGGUAUUUGAAUAGUUUUUUCAAGUUAAAAAUAUAUGACUUCAAAGAGCAUCAUCAAGCUUUCAUGCAUCAUAAAUUUUUUUGAUGACAAAAAAAUAUUUUCGAAGGAAGAAAAUUCAUUUGAAUGUGGUUAUGUCACGAGCUUCAAUCAUAUACCUGAUAUUGGUAUAAUUAGUGGUCAAGUGCAUGCUAGUAUGAAAAAUAAAUUGUACGAUAUUAAGAUAUUCUUCAAAGACAAGAAUAUUGAUCAUGCCAGUUGCACAUGUUCAACAGGUUUGACAAAAUGUCAUCAUAUGGUUUCACUUCUUUUACAUGGGCAUACAAAUAUAUCAGUGACUGAUAGGUACAGCCUGCAGCUGGUCAAAAAAAUGUGCGAAAGAAAAUGAAGAAGUAAUGACUAUUGAUGAUAUGUACUCCAAUAAUUUUAAAGCUGUUACUGAUACCUAUAAUAUUGAUUUUAAAGCCUUAUGCUUUGAUAAAUUAUCAACAGCUAAUCAAACAGUUGGGUUUUCGUGGUUAUUAAGUCCAGAACCUCCAGUUGAAGAUUUUAGUAAAAUUCUUCUCUUAGAAAAUGUUAUAAACUCCUCAGAAUUUAGAAUUUCAAAAAAUAGUAUAAAAAUGUUGUCUGAGCUUUGUAAAUUAUCUUUUGAACAAAUUAAAGAUAUAGCUUCAAAAACCAUAGGACAAAGUCAAAAUGUUAAAUGGUGUCUUCAUAGAAAAUUUUGUUUAACAUCUAGUAAUUUUCAUUAAGUAAUUAAAUCAGUAAAAAAUAAUUGAUACCCUAAUUCACUUUAUAAAAGUCUCCUAGGUAAAUAUUUUAUAGAAGGAAUAAAAUCUAUUGAAUGUGGAAAAACAAAUAGAUAUAUUGCAAUUGAAGAAUUUGAGAAGGCUAACAAUUGUAUUGUGACUAAAACUGGUAUUUGGUUACAUGAAUCUGGGUUUUUGCUUUUUGAUGACAACUCCUCAUAUUGUAUUGAAGUCCCUAUAAGUGUCCCUAUAAAUUCCGAAAUGAAGAUUUAAAAAUUGCCCUUACAAAUUCAAAUGAUUACAUUAUUAACUUUGAUACAAACAAAAAUGAUUUUGUUUUAAAUUCUGAACAUCAGUAUUAUGACCAAAUUCAAGGUCAAAUGCACAUGACAAAAAUAUCAUCUACAAUUCUUAUUAUAUGGACUUCAAAAUUCUUAGUUGCUUUUAAAAUUAAUCAAGAUCCGAAUUGGUCAUUAAAUAUUCAUAAUAUUUCAUUACAUUUUUA